CUGUUGGUCGGUUUUACAAUAACCCAAAAUGGCUGACUUGAAACUCGUGUUGCAGGCUGUCGCUGAUACCGGCGGUGUUGACAGUUUAGAACUUGCUUCUAAGUUAAAUACAGACCACCAGAAGGUUGUAGGCGCGGUAAAGAGUCUACAGUCACACGAAGAUCUCAUCAAAGUUGAGCAGAGGCAGAGUAAGAGAUGGGACAUAACCGAGGAGGGCAAGGAGGUGGUUGCCAACGGCAGUCACGAGGCCAGGGUGUACCAAGUUGUGCCAGAGGAAGGCAUAACACAGGCUCAGAUCAUGAGCUCUGUUCCAAAUGCCAAGAUUGGUUUCAGUAAAGCUAUGUCUGCCAAGUGGAUAAAAAUGGACAAAAAGGCUGAAGGAGGACCUAAAGUUUUCAGAUCAGCAGACACCAUAGAGGACAAGGUUCAGCUGUGCCUCCUCAAGAUACAGAAUCUUCAGCUGGAGGACGUCCCACAGGACCAGAGGGCCGAACUCAAGAAGAGGAAACUCAUCUCAGAAGUAAAAGUUACGAGCUACUUCAUUUCCAAGGGAGACAAGUUUUCUCUGACUGUGGCAAAGGCUGAUGUGGACCUCACCCCAGAGAUGAUCUCUAGUGGGUCCUGGAAAACGAAGACAUUCAAGCCGUAUAACUUUGAUGCUCUGGGGAUCCAACCACCCAGCGGACAUCUUCACCCAUUGCUCAAAGUGCGUGCCGAGUACCGCCAGAUCUUCUUGGAGAUGGGAUUUUCUGAGAUGCCUACCAACAACUUCGUAGAGAGUAGCUUCUGGAAUUUCGAUGCUCUCUUCCAGCCUCAGAAGCACCCGGCCCGAGAUGCCCACGACACUUUCUUCGUAUCAGACCCAGCAAAUGCUCAGAUAUUUGAGGAGGAUUACCGUCAACGAGUGGAGAAGGUUCAUUCAGAAGGAGGUUAUGGAUCUCUGGGGUACAAGUGUGAGUGGAAGACUGAGGAAGCCAAGAAGAACCUCCUGCGAACACACACAACGGCCGUCAGCGCCCGCAUGCUGUAUAAGACUGCUCAGGCGAACUCCCUGCCAGUGAAACUCUUCUCCAUUGACCGAGUGUUCCGCAAUGAGAACCUGGACGCCACACACCUGGCGGAGUUCCACCAGAUUGAGGGCGUGGUGGCUGACCGAGGACUCACCCUCGGGGACUUGAUGGGCGUGAUCCAUGCCUUCUUCCUCAAGCUUGGUAUCACGAAACUGCGUUUCAAGCCGGCCUACAACCCCUACACGGAACCCAGCAUGGAGAUCUUCAGUUAUCAUGAAGGCUUGAAGAAGUGGGUGGAGAUUGGCAACUCUGGAGUGUUCAGACCGGAGAUGCUGUUGCCAAUGGGCCUGCCUCCCGAUGUGGCCGUCAUCGCCUGGGGACUGUCUCUAGAAAGACCAACAAUGAUAAAGUAUGGCAUCAACAACAUCCGUGAUCUUAUUGGUCCACGAGUCAACCUUCAGAUGGUUCACGACAACCCAAUGUGCAGACUAGAGAAAUCUCGGACGGCAUCCUAGGUCACAAUAUAUAAUACAAUUUAUUUAAAUCACUUGGCUGUGCCAAUCUUCUGACCCUUGUUUGGGGGGUCAGUGUCGGAUAUCAUGGUAAAAUUCAUCACUUCAGCAAUUUGGAGAAUGCAUGAAACCAAUUAUGUCAUUAAACUAUGUGCGUCUAUGA